GCUUACUUACUAAGUAAGCUGUGGUUUUACAUCACAAAACUUGUUGCAAUCGCCCUAAAUUAUCUCCCAAUUAAAAUAAUUUAGAAUGUAACCCCUGAUAUCGUGUCCUACACGUUGAAAGUAAUGUCGCGUUCGAGCAAAUUAGAAGUAAUAAAAAACACCAUUAAAAGUUACCCUGAUUUUCCAAAACCAGGUGUCCUAUUCAGAGAUAUUUUUGCGGUCCUAAACGAACCGGACGUUGCAAGUUUAUUGUACGAAGUUCUAUGCGAUGAAGCGAGGUCGAUUACACCACCUGUUGAUUGUGUAGCUGGAUUGGACGCUAGAGGUUUUUUGUUUGGAACAAUUGUUGCCAAAGAAUUAAAUAUACCUUUCGUUCCUAUAAGAAAGAAGGGGAAGUUACCUGGCAGUACCCAGUCUGUUAGGUACAAAUUGGAAUAUGGGGAGGAUGAAGUUGAAAUUCAACGUGGGAAUAUUAGCACGGGUCAAACAGUAUUAGUCAUCGAUGAUCUUCUGGCAACUGGUGGUACUCUGACUGCUGCAGUCGAAUUGAUAAAAAAAUGUGGCGCAGAUGCAGUUUGUCUUAUUGUAAUCGAAUUGACAGAUUUGCAGGGAAGAAAGUCGAUCAAUGCUCCUAUUCAUUCAUUAGUUCAAUAUUAAAAAUGUUUACUUAUACAAACUUCUUUUGUAACAUGAGAUAAAAAUGUAUAUCGAAACAUAUCAAUUAAAUUAUAUUUAGCGCAAUAUCUAACAAUCCAGUUGAACUUAGGCAUCCACUGAAAAACCAUGAAGCUUUUGUGUAUCACACUAUUUCUAGCAGCAAUUCAUCAGCAUGACUGCAAGGCCACUAUAUCAUCUAUGAAAAGUGCAGAAUAUGCGUGUUAUAAACAAACUGGUAUAAAGAAAGAGGAUGUGCCCGAGUUGGGGAAUUUUGAAAUAACAACUGAUGAUACAUUAGGGUACAGGAAGAUGCUUCAGUGUAUUUUUACACAGAUGGGUAUCUUAGAUGGCCAAGGGAUUAUCGACUCCAAGGGCUUUGAUAAUUUUGUGAAAGUAAUUAUCGAUACUGUUGCUACCAGUCCAGAACUAAAAAAAUUGGUGCCCGAAUCUUUAGAGCAGUGUAGAACUAUUGAAGGAGAAACUGGUGGCGAAAUUGGAUUAAAACUAAAAAAUUGUAUACGAACUGCCGGAGCUGAUCUGCGUCAAAAGGUCGCCUCCUUGAGUACGCUACAUCAAUAAUCCUUAUCGAUAUGUUAAGCAAUUAUAGUACUGUGAAAUAAAGUUAUCAGAGAGUAAGCGUAAAGAUUGAGUUCGCUUCAUUCGUUUUUUACAAAA